UUCAUAUAUAGUGUUUCACUAAUAAUGAAGAAAAAGGGUAGUGAUUUGUUGCCAUUUAUUGCAAUGGUGAUUGUACAAGUAGGCUAUGCUGGAUCAAAUGUUGUGACAAAACUAGUCAUGGAUACUGGUAUGGACCCUUUUGUCCAGACAGCAUACAGACCUAUAUUUGCCACCAUUUCAAUUGCACCCUUUGCUUACUUCUUGGAGAGGAAAACAAGACCAAAGUUGAGCCUAUCUGUAUUUUUUCAAAUUUUCUUGUGUUCCAUUAUCGGAAUAACUGCGAACCAGUAUACAUUUUGUAUUGGGCUAAAAUAUACUACUCCGACGAUUGUUUCCGCCCUCGAUAAUCUAAUCCCAGCAUUCACUUUUCUCCUAGCCGUCUCAUUCGGGCUUGAAAAAUUGGGACUAAGAAGUAUAGCAGGACAAGCCAAAUUGAUUGGAACUAUAGUGUGUGUUGGAGGGGCAAUGUUAUUGUCAUUGUAUCGUGGACCUGUAGUGAUUGGCCAAUUGGGAUUUCACUGGAAAUAUGUUGAAAACACUACUGAUGACAAGGAUGUCAAUUCUACACAUACCAACUUCCUUUUGGAACCUUUUAUACUCAUAAUCAGCAGUAUUACCUAUGCAUUAUGGUUAAUCAUUCAAGCAAGAGUGAAUGAGAAGUAUGCAGCUCCAUAUUCUAGUACCCUUUUGAUGUUCUUCAUGGCAAGUUUCCAGUGCAUGAUUAUCAGCUUUUGUGUCGUACCAAAAGCUUCUGAAUGGGCUUUAAAUCCUAUUAGAGCUAUCUCUGUUGUUAAUAAUGGAACUGUGUGCUCUUCAAUAGCAUUAUACUUAUGCUCCUGGUGUAUAGAAAGGAAAGGUCCUUUAUAUGUCUCGAUGUUCAAUCCGUUGUUACUUGUUAUUGCUGCCUUUCUUAGUUGGAUUCUGUUGAGAGAGAAAUUAUACCUUGGAAUGUAAGUGAAUAAAACCAUCUCAUAUGUUUAUUUUUAUUUGUUCACUAUUUUUAAAAUAAAUUUUAUUUUUCAUGUUUAAUAUAUCAAGAAA